CUCAACGAAAAAAUAUUCCAAAUUGGGAUAAUUAUCGUUAUGGUGCAGUACCGCCAAGAUAUCGUGACCAAUUACGUCAUCAUCAAUUGCAUCAUUUGUCAUUUAGUAGUUCCGAUGGUGAAGAUUUCAGUGUGAUUGAUGAUGGUCGAAUUCCCUAUCAAGAACCAAGACGUCGAUUAUUACCGACAAAUUUUGCACGAAAAAAUUCCCCAUAUUCACAAGGCACUGUGACAGAUGAUGAUGAUCCAGCUAGUCAAUUUUAUAUUAGUAAACAACAUACUCAAACCACAUCAUAUUAUGAUGGACCAAUGAAAUCGUAUGGUGUUUAUGAUCAAGACAAAGCAUUAUCGCUGUGUGAUGAACCAACUGGACAAUAUAAUAUAUAUGAUGAUGGUAAUGAAAGUCAAACUGGUUAUUAUCAUGGACAAUUUGUUGAAAAUAAAUCAAUUGGGUAUCCUAAAG